AUGUGGGACAAAGUGGCGCGAGUUCUUCUCCAGGACCCUGAGGUUCCCAACAUUACGAAGCGCUUCUGGUCAGGAAUACCUCCCCCUGUAGAAGUAGGUGACAUCGUCAGAGUGCUGGAGACAGGUUCCACCAUUGUGCAGCGUGGCGAGUACCAAGUCGUUGGUGUACAAGGAGAUGAAUACAUCGUGGAGAAGGACGGGGAGAGAACAAACGUUCCGCGAGACCGUCUGCUCCUCACAAUAAAAGAAAAAAUUUGCUUGGAAGAUAUGGAGGAGAUAUUCGAGUUGGCCGGGGUCAGAGACGCCUUCCAGAAAACUUUAGAGACGGGCGACCCUCGUUAUUUGCAGGCUGCCAUGAAAGCCUCCGAAUCUUUUCAUUCCAUGAGACAACUGCCUGGCAUCAAAGCAAGCCCGCUUCAGGAGCCCGGAAAAGAACGGCGUAAGCCGGAUCCAGCGGAGAUGAGCAAUAUAUACACCUCAGACUCCGCAGUAAAAGUGUGUGAACGUAUGGGAGAGGAUGAGAAGCGACUGGUCGCAGCUGGGUAUGUUCGGGCCUGA